AUGGCUCAUCUCUUUAAAGAGAAUAGUAGCUGUUAUUUCUGCUCUCAUUAUCUGGAAAAACCUGUGUACUUGACCUGUGGAUACACCUGCUGCUUCCGAUGCCUUGACUCACUAGAGAAAAGUCCUGAAGGAGACGGUAUACUGUGCUCCAUUUGUUCUGAUGUCACUUUGAAAGAAGAUAUCAUACAUGCUAAACAGUUAGGGAACCUGAUUACCAAGAUAAAAAACGUAGCAUCGGCGCUGAAUUUUAUUCUGACAAUGAACCCAGUUAUAAAGGUAUUUCAAGUAAACGUGACCUUAGAUGUGGACACAGCCCAAAACAACCUCAUUAUCUCUGAUGACCUGAUGAGUGUCUACUAUACGCCUCAGGAGCAAGACCGAAAGAAAUGUGCAGAAAGAUUCCAAACUUCUCCUUGAGUCCUGGGCUCUUCCCGGUUCACUUCCGGCCGCCAUUACUGGGAGGUAGUGGUGGGAACCAGCAAAGAGUGGUAUAUAGGCAUUUGCAAAGAGAUCAUUAAUCGAGAAGAGGCUAUUUAUUUGUCAGAAAAAAAUGGCUACUGGACCGUGGGCGUGAGAGAUAGGUCCAGCACUGAUCCCUUAACUCCGCUACUUGUGAACCCUCGGCUGCAUAGAGUGGGUACUUUCCUUGACCUGGUGAAGAAGAGUAUUUUUUUCUGGGACCUUGGCGAUGGCUCCCAUAUCUAUACAUUCCUUGAAAUUCCUGACACGGAUCCAUUUUGCCCAUUCUUUUCGCCAGCAAAUACCCAUCCAGAUGACGGAGAACAAGUCCUCAGUAUCUGUCCUGUGACAAAUCCAGCCAUUUUUGGACUUCCAGUUAACCCCGCAUAA